AGGGGAUGAAGAGGGAUGUGUAUGUGUGUAGAUGCCCUCCAUGCGCUGUGUUGAAAACGCGCGGGUGACUGCAGGAAACCACAGAGCACAUCUCCGGCCUCUACUGAUCGGGAAACGUCGGAAGACAGAAAAAUGGGCAAUCAUAAAACCCACGGCAACCAUGAAGACACGCACUCUCCCCCUAGCAAUCCCACCCCGGAAUUGAGGACACAGGGUCCGCGCGCUCAGCCCUUGGUGCCAGCACUUCUUGGACACCUCAACCCCCUCAGCUAAACCUGAGAUCCAGGCGCUCCGGAUUCUAAACGUUUCCUCGAGCAGGUCCUCUCUAGCCGGCCGCUUAUCUAUGGUUUCUGCUAUAGGGCGCUCUAGCCUGCGCCAAGGGGUAGUGAGACCGCGCGGCAACAGCUUGCGGCUGCGGGGAGCUCCCGUGGGCGCUCCGCUGGCUGUGCAGGCGGCCAUGGAUUCCUUGCGGAAAAUGCUGAUCUCAGUCGCAAUGCUGGGCGCAGGGGCUGGCGUGGGCUACGCGCUCCUCGUUAUCGUGACCCCGGGAGAGCGGCGGAAGCAGGAAAUGCUAAAGGAGAUGCCACUGCAGGACCCGCGGAGCAGGGAGGAGGCGGCCAGGACCCAGCAGCUAUUGCUGGCCACUCUGCAGGAGGCAGCGACCACGCAGGAGAACGUGGCCUGGAGGAAGAACUGGAUGGUUGGCGGCGAAGGCGGCGCCGGCGGGAGGUCACCGUGAGACCGGACUUGCCUCCGUGGGCGCCGGACCUUGGCUCGGGCGCAGGAAUCCGAGGCAGCCUUUCUCCUUCGUGGGCCCAGCGGAGAGUCCGGACCGAGAUACCAUGCCAGGACUCUCCGGGGUCCUGUGAGCUGCCGUCGGGUGAGCACGUUCCCCCCAAACCCUGGACUGAUUGCUUUAAGGUCCGCAAGGCGGGCCAGGGCCGAGACGCGAGUCGGAUGUGGUGAACUGAAAGAACCAAUAAAACCAUGUUCCUCCACCCAGAA